CGUCUCCACCCUUUUCCCGUCAUUCCUUUAAUCGCUCUUAGUUUUAGUUUGGUCGGGGGUCUUGUUUGUAGUUGGAGGCCGAGCUCCGUGGGUGACGUAAGCUGCGCGCGCGACUCCUCUAACCCUCCGCGGUCCCGCUCUCAUCUUUCCAUUCGCCUCUGGGCUGAGAAUCCCUGCGUCUCCUUCAAACCCUCUUUGCGGUCCAUUGUCGCGCGUUCCGGUCCGCCCGGAAAACAAGCCCGCCGGCGCGCGCUUCCAACGGCCCCGACCGCUGCCAGGCCUCCUCUGACAGCACCAUGGGUGACAGUGAUGAUGAAUACGAUCGAAGACGCAGGGACAAAUUUCGAAGGGAGCGCAGUGACUAUGACCGUUCCCGGGAAAGAGAUGAAAGACGGCGAGGGGACGAUUGGAAUGACCGAGAGUGGGACCGUGGCCGUGAGCGCCGCAGUCGGGGUGAAUAUCGAGACUAUGAUAGGAACCGAAGGGAGCGCUUCUCUCCCCCUCGACACGAACUUAGUCCCCCACAGAAGCGCAUGCGGAGAGACUGGGAUGAGCACAGCUCUGACCCAUACCACAGUGGCUAUGACAUGCCUUAUGCUGGGGGGGGUGGGGGACCAACUUACGGCCCCCCUCAGCCCUGGGGCCACCCAGACGUCCACAUCAUGCAGCACCAUGUCCUGCCUAUCCAGGCCAGGCUGGGCAGCAUUGCUGAGAUUGACUUGGGUGUGCCGCCACCUAUAAUGAAGUCCUUCAAGGAAUUCCUCCUGUCUCUGGAUGACUCUGUGGAUGAGACCGAGGCAGUCAAACGCUACAAUGACUACAAGCUGGACUUCCGGAGGCAGCAGAUGCAGGAUUUUUUCCUGGCUCAUAAAGACGAGGAGUGGUUCCGAUCGAAGUACCACCCCGAUGAGGUGGGGAAGCGGAGGCAGGAGGCCCGGGGGGCCCUGCAGAACCGACUGAAGGUGUUCCUGUCCCUCAUGGAGACUGGCUGGUUUGAUAACCUUCUCUUGGACAUAGACAAAGCUGACGCUAUCGUCAAGAUGCUAGAUGCAGCUGUCAUUAAGAUGGAAGGUGGCACAGAGAACGAUCUCCGCAUUUUGGAGCAGGAAGAGGAGGAGGAACAGGCAGGCAAGACUGGGGAGACCAGCAAGAAAGAGGAGGGCCGUGCUGGACCAGCCCCGGGGGAUGGAGAGCGCAAGGUCAAUGAUAAGGAUGAGAAGAAAGAAGAUGGAAAACAGGCUGAAAAUGACAGUUCCAACGAUGACAAAACUAAGAAAUCUGAGGGUGAUGGGGACAAGGAGGAGAAGAAAGAAGAGGCUGAGAAGGAAGCCAAAAAGAGCAAGAAGCGGAACAGGAAGCACAGUGGUGAUGACAGCUUCGAUGAGGGCAGUGUAUCCGAGUCUGAGUCUGAGUCUGAGAGUGGCCAAGCUGAGGAGGAGAAAGAGGAGGCUGAAGAGGCACUUAAAGAAAAGGAGAAGCCCAAAGAAGAGGAGCGGGAGAAGCCUAAGGAUGCUGCAGGGCUGGAGUGUAAGCCCCGGCCCUUGCAUAAGACUUGCUCUCUCUUCAUGCGCAACAUUGCGCCCAACAUCUCAAGGGCAGAGAUCAUUUCUCUUUGUAAAAGAUACCCAGGCUUUAUGCGAGUGGCACUGUCAGAGCCCCAGCCAGAGAGGAGGUUUUUCCGCCGUGGCUGGGUGACUUUUGACCGCAGUGUUAACAUUAAGGAGAUAUGUUGGAACCUGCAGAACAUACGACUCCGGGAGUGUGAACUGAGUCCCGGUGUGAACAGAGACCUGACUCGUCGUGUCCGCAACAUCAAUGGCAUUACACAGCACAAGCAGAUAGUGAGAAAUGACAUCAAGUUGGCAGCCAAGCUGAUCCACACACUGGAUGACAGGACUCAGCUCUGGGCCUCUGAGCCUGGGACGCCUCCUGCGCCCACAAGCCUGCCCUCUCAAAACCCCAUCCUGAAGAACAUCACCGACUAUCUGAUUGAGGAAGUGAGCGCUGAGGAGGAGGAGCUCCUGGGGAGCAGUGGAGGACCCCCGCCCGAGGAGCCUCCCAAGGAAGGCAACCCUGCAGAGAUCAAUGUGGAGAGGGAUGAGAAGCUGAUCAAGGUCUUGGACAAACUUCUUCUCUACUUGCGUAUUGUGCACUCUCUGGAUUAUUACAACACCUGUGAGUACCCUAAUGAGGACGAGAUGCCAAACCGCUGUGGCAUAAUCCACGUUCGGGGGCCCAUGCCUCCCAACCGAGUCAGCCACGGAGAAGUGCUGGAGUGGCAGAAGACCUUCGAGGAGAAGCUGACCCCACUGCUGAGUGUGCGCGAAUCCCUUUCUGAGGAAGAGGCCCAGAAGAUGGGCCGGAAAGACCCAGAGCAGGAAGUGGAGAAGUUUGUCACCUCCAAUACACAGGAACUGGGCAAGGAUAAGUGGCUAUGUCCUCUCAGUGGCAAGAAAUUCAAGGGUCCAGAGUUUGUGCGCAAACAUAUCUUCAAUAAGCACGCUGAGAAGAUCGAGGAGGUGAAGAAGGAGGUGGCGUUCUUCAACAACUUCCUCACAGAUGCCAAGCGCCCAGCUUUGCCUGAGAUCAAGCCAGCUCAGCCACCUGGCCCUGCCCAGAUACUCCCCCCAGGCCUGACCCCAGGACUUCCCUAUCCACAUCAGACACCACAGGGCUUGAUGCCCUAUGGUCAGCCCCGGCCUCCCAUCUUGGGCUAUGGAGCUGGUGCUGUCCGCCCUGCAGUCCCAACAGGAGGGCCUCCAUACCCCCAUGCUCCAUAUGGUGCCGGCCGUGGGAACUAUGAUGCUUUUCGAGGCCAAGGUUAUCCUGGGAAACCUCGGAACAGGAUGGUUCGAGGAGACCCAAGGGCUAUAGUGGAGUAUCGCGACCUGGAUGCCCCGGAUGACGUUGAUUUCUUUUGAACCAGCCACGUCCCCUCAUUCUGCAUUGCUGCAUCGCUGCAUCUGUACCUGUGACCUCUUUAUCCUAUCAGCUGAGAAUUUUUUUGUACGUUAUUUUACCUGCUAGUAAAAGAACUUCAGUAGUGUGUGUUAA